AUGGGUUUAGGGUCUCUGCUUCUUCUGUGCUGCAGCAACAGCAGCAGCAGCAGCAGCAGCAGCAGCAGCAGGAAUCCCUCCGUAGUUAAGAUUGACGCCAAGCAAGAUGCCUCUGUCUAUUCAGAAGCAACUGCUGCCCCAUCUACGUCUGCUGCAUCGCUGCAGCAAAUAAGCAGCAGCAGCGACUCUAAGGAGCGGUCUGCCAGCAGCAGCAGCAGCAGCUGCAGCGGCAGUUGGCUGCCACAAGAGCAGCAGCAGCCAAGCACGGAGCUGCUGCAGCUUAGGGCAGCAAAAGAAGGUUAUGAGAAGCAGCAGCAGGAGUUGCUGCAGUUGCGGCAGCAGGCGCAGCAAACAGCAGCAGAGACGCAGCAGCUGCAGCAAUUCAAGCGCCGUGCUGUACGCAAAGUUCGUCACUUACAUGCAGAGCUGCAGCAGCAGCAGCAGCGUGCUGCAGCAGAUGAGCAGCAGCUGCUGCACACUGCACAGGAGGCCGUGCUGCUGCGCGGAGCCCUGCGAAGCAAACGACAAGAGUUGCUGCGCUGCUGCAGCAGCGAUACGUCUCUGCAGCAGCUGCAGCAGCAGCUGCUGCAGUGGGUAGAAGAUACAGCAGCAAGUGCAGCAGCACGUUCGCAAGCAGCACGUACAGGAGCAGCAACACGAACUGCAGCACAGCAGCGUCUGCUGCUGCUGUCUCUCUCUGGCAGCAGCAGCAGCGGCAGCACGUCGGGCAGACUGCAGCAAGACUCCUCUCUUAUUCUUACUGGGUCUGAUGCAUCAGCAAACGCGGACCAGCAGCAGCAGGCCGAGCUGCGGAGACACCUGGCGGCCUCGCGGCGCAUCGCCAGGAGGAGACGGCAGCAACUAAAGGCACUAGAGGGAGAGCGGCUGCUGCUGCAGCAGCGGAUACAAGCAUUGGAGCAGCAGCUGCAGCAGCAGCCGCAGCAGCAAACGCAGCUGCAGCAACUGCAGCAGCAGAGGGAAAGUCAGGAGGUACGCUUGCUGCAGGCUGAGCUGCAGCACACGCAAACAAAGUUGCGAGCAACAACGGAGGAAGCAACAGCCCUGCGGCAGUCGUUAGAUGCACUGCAGCAGCAGCAGCAUCAACAGGAGGAGCAGCAGGAGCAGCAACACCCGGAGCAGCAACACCAGGAGCAGCAGCAGCAGCAGCAGCAGCUAGAAGCGCAGCUAGAGGAAAUGAGGGAGACACACAACUUGCUGCUGUCGCGAUCAGAGACAGUCAUGCUGCACCUACAGGAGAUAACCCGUCAGUAUACGUUGCUGCAGCAGCAGCACGAGGAGCUGCAGCAGCAGCACGAGGGACUGCAGCAGCAGCAUGAGCAGCUGCAGCAGGAACGUGGACAACUGCAGCAGCAACACGAACAGUUGCAGAUGCAACAUAGGCAGCAGCAGCAGCAACAGCAGAAAGUUGAUGAACAGCUGCAGGCAGACACGCAGCAGCAAAUAAAGACUCACGAGCAGCAGCAGCAGCAGCAGCAGCAGCUGGCUGAGCGGGAGGCGGUGUUGCAGCAGCAGAUGAAGGAGCUGGAGCAGCAGCGCACACAACUGCAGCAGCAGCAGGCGGAGCUGCAGCAGCAAGAACAGGAACUAAGGAGACAGCAAACACUGCUGCAGGAGCAAGAGCAACGAGAGGGAAAGAAGGAGCAGCAACUGCAGCAGCAGCAGCAAGAGCUUGACAAGCAGCGCCAAGUGCUGCAGCAGCAAGAAGCAGAACAGAAACAGCUGCAGCAGCACAUUGCUGCUACAGAAGGUCAGAAAGCAGCGCAGCAAGAGCAGCAGCAGCAGCAACUGCAGCAGCUCGAAGCGCAACUAGAAGCACAGCAGCAGCUGGUACAGCAGCAGCAGCGGCUGCUAAAUCAACAGGAGCAGCAGCUACAGCAGCAGGAGCAGCAGUUACAGCAGCAGGAACGGCAGCUGCAGCAGCAAGAGCAGGAGCUGCUGCAGCGAGACUCCGCUGUGCAACAGCAAGAGCAGUACAGCAAGGAGAAGGAAAUGUUGCUGCAGCAGGUGAGCCAGCAGCAGCAGCAACUGCAGCAGCAGGGUCAGCUCCUGCAGCAGCAAGAGGUACAGCUGCAGCAGCAAGAAGACCAGCUGCAGCAGCAAGAGCAGCAGCUGCAGCUGCUUGAGCAGCAGUUACAGGAGCAGGAUGAGGAGCUGGGUGAACAUCUACGGCAGCAGCAGCAGCAGAAGCAGCAGCAGCAGCAGCAGCAGCUGCCAGAAUCACUGUCAGGAAAAGAAGGUUUGCUGCAGCAGCUGCAGCAGCUGCAGCAGCAAAAUGUGCAGCUGCAGCAGGACGUUAAAUCGCUGCAGCAGCAGCUGGAGGCGAACGGUGCAGCACAGGAGCUGCUGCUGCGUAAGGCAGAGGAGCAGCAGCAGCAGCUAAAAGCAGCAGCAGAGGAGAAGGCUGGUUUGCUGCAGCGUGCUGCUGCACUAGAGCAAGCAGCAGCAGCAACAGCAACAGCAGCAACAGCAGAAGCAGAAGCAUUGAGAGGAAAGUGCGAGGAGCUGUCUAUACAGCUGAGAGACGCAGAGGAGAAUGCAGCAGCAGCAGCAGAUGGGGAGCAGCAGCUGCAGCAGGAAGUGCAGCAAAUGCAGCAAGAACUUGCUGCACUAACAGAGAGACUAGCAACUACACAAAGACAAGAACUAGAGCAGCUGCAGCAGCAGCUGCAGCAGACUGGUGCUGCUGCUGAGUCAGCAGCAACAGCAGCACAGUUUACCCGCAUGCGCCAGGUGAUGGAUCUGCAGCAGCUGCAGCUGCAGCAGCUGCAGCAACAACUGCAGCAGCAGCAGCAAGUUAUAGACGAGCUCCAUGAGCAGCAGCAAGAAAGGGAAAAGGAAGCAGCACGGCGCGUCAGACAGAGCGAGGAGCAGCAGCAGCGGCUGCUGCUGCAGCUGCAGCAGGAGAGAGAACGUAAUGCAACAGCAGCAGAGCAGCAGCUGCUGCUGCAGCAAGAGUAUCAUAAGGAAGCACAAAGUCUUAGGCAUUCGCUGUCUAAUAAGGAGGAGCUGCUGCUGCAGCAGAAGGAGGAGCAGCAACAGUUGCUGCAGCAGCAGGAGCAGCAGCUGCUGCAGCUGCAGCAGCAAACUACAGAGCUACGUCACACUCUGCAGCAGCAGGAAAAAAACACCAAGCUGCUGCAGCAGCGGUUGCAGGAGCAGCAGCAGGAUGCAAAGGAAGCUCGUGCUGCAGCAAGACAGCUAGAGGAGAUAUGCAUGCAGCUAAAGACACAACUGCAGCAGCAAACAGCAGAAUUCGAGCAGCUGCAGCAGCAGCAUAGUAGUCUGCUGCAGCAGCACCAGCGUCAGUCCACUGAGCUCGAGGAAAUGCAGCAGCAGCAUCUGCAGCAACAGCAGCAACUGCAGCAGCAACUGCAGCAGCAGCUGCAGCAGUCCACCAGCGAACUCGCAAGUCUCCAGUCGUUGGCAGACACAGCGGAGCAGCGCGCUGCGGUGUCGCUGCUGGAGCAGCAACAGGAAGCAGCAGCAGAGCAGCAGCAGAAGCAGCAGCAACCAGCUGCAGCUCCUGGUGAGGCACAACAGCAGGAGCAGCAGCAGCAAGAGGAGCAGCAAGAUGCCUCUCAUAUGGAUGGUGAGGAGCAGCAGCAGCAACAGCUGCGGCGGCAGCGGACUAUGGAGAAGCAGCUGCAGCAUGUGCAGCAGCUGUACACGCAGCUGCAGGAGGAGUUUGCUGCAGCGCAGCAGCAGCAGCAGCAACUGCAGCAGCUGUACGACCGUCAGUCUCGUGACUUUGUUAAUGCAGUGCGCAGAGCCGGGAAGGCAGAGGAGGAGCUGUCUCUGCUGCAGCAGCAGCUAGAGGCUAGACAGAGACGCAGCAGCACUGCGCAGCAGCAGCAGCAUGAGCAGCAGCAGCAGCAGCAGCAGGUACACGAAAUGGAGCUCAAGGCUGUUAAGUUAGAGCUGCGCAGCAGCCAAGCAGAAGCAGCAGAGAUAGGGGAGAAGCUGGUAACGACGCAGCAGCAGCUGCAGCAGCUGCAGCAGGAGCUGCAGCAGCAGCUAGAUCGCGAACGCGCUGCAGCAGCGCAGCAGCUGCAGCGUAAGACCGAGCAGCUAAAAGCAGAGCAGCAGCAGAAUCAGCAACUGCAGCAGCAAGUGGCAGCAGCCCAGCUUGAGAAGCAGCAGCUGCAGUUGCUGCUGCAGCAGGAACGUAACUCCCUUGAGGAGCUGCAGCAGCAGCAUGCAGCAGCAGGAGACCAGAAGGCGGUGUUAUCUGCUGAGGCGGAGGGUCUAAGACAGCAACUGCAGCAGCAGAAGCAGCUACAUCAGCAGCAGCAGCAGCAGCAAGAGGCAGUGCUGCAGCAGCUGCAGCAGCUGCAGCUUCAAGCUGCUGCAGAAGGGGAGGAGCUGCAGAAGCGCCACCUAGAGCAGCAGCAGCUGCUGCAGCAAUCCCUGCAGCAGGCGCAGCAGGCGGAAGCAGAGAGCCGUAUAGCGCUGCAGCAGGAAGUAUCUCGUUUGCAGCAGCAGCAGCAGCAAUUGUUGCAGCAGCAGCAGCAGCAUGCUGCAGCACGUGAGCAGCGUCAACAAGCCCGUGAACAGCAACUAAUACAAGAAGCAGCAGACCUGCAGCAGCAGCAGGAGCUGCUGCAGCAGGAGCUGCAGCAAUCGGAAGCAAAAAGCAGCGAGCUUGCUGCACAACUACAAGAAGCAGAGAACAGGCUGCAUCUGCUUGCAGCAGAAGCAGAGAGGCAGCACGUAGAGCUGCAGCAGAAGGCAGUAGAUCUACGCAUGCAGCUAGAUGCUGCAGUACGUGCAGCAGCAACAGCAAAAGAGCAGCAGCAACAGCAGCAAAAGGUUGCUGACCAACUACGUCAACGACUGCAACAGCAGCAGGAACAGCAGCAGAAAGACGCAGAAACUUAUGCAAACAAGACACAACAGCAGCAGCAGCAGCAUGAGCAGCUACUGCAGCAGCAGCAAGAGGCGCAGAGCCAACUGCAGCAGCAGCAGCAGAAAAUUGACCUUAUGCUGCAGCAGCAAGGAGAACUCACCAAGUCCCUUUCUGAGACACAGGAACGCAGCAGCAAAGAGCAGCAGCAGCUGCUGCUGCUGCAACGGGAAAACAGGAAGCUGCAGCAGCAGCUUGAUGAGGCUUCUGCUGCUCUGGAGACCCGUGCUGCUGUUGCUGCAGAGCAGCAGCAGCAUCUUGCUGCUCAGCUAAGGCAACAGGAGACACUAGCAGCGCAGCAAACAACUCUUCUAGAGGAGCAUCAGCAGCAGGAAGCCUUGCUGCUGCAGCGGCUGCAGCAGCAGGAGGAGCUGCAGAAGCAGCACACCGAGCAGCAGAAACAAGCCCAGCUGUUGACGGGGGAGCAGCAACGGCAGGCACAGCAGUUGCUGCAGCAGCUGAAGCAGCAGCAGCAGACGGUGCAACAGCAGCAGAAGCAAAUCCAGAAGCAGCAGCAGCAACUGCAACAGCUGCAGGCACAAGUACAAGAGGGUUUGUUGCAGUCAGAGGAGCAGCAGAAGCAGCUGCAGCAACAACAGCAGCAGCUGCAGCAACAGCAGCAGAAAAUAAAACUCCAAGAGCAGCAGCUAGAGGAGCAGCAGCGGCAAGCAGCACAACGAGAGCAGCAGCAGCAGGAGUUGCUGCUGCAGAGCCGCAGCGAGCAUCAGCGUGUUACUGCAGCAGAAACAGAGGCAAGGCAGCAACUGAAGAAGCAGCAGCAGCAGAUGGAGUUACAGCAGCAGCAGCAUGCUGCUGAGGUCGAGCAGCAACAGCAGCAGCAGGCAGAAGCACAGCAGCAGCGUCUGCUGCUUGAAGAACGGCUGCAGCAGAUGACAGAAGCAGCAGCGCAGCAAAGCGCAGAGCUGCAGCAGCUGCUGCAGUCACAGUCCCGUGCUGCAGCAGCAAUGGAGUCCAUGCAGGAGCAGCGGCAGCAGCUGCAGCAGCAGCUGCAGGAGCUGCAGCAGGACAAAGAGCAUCAACAGCAGCAAGCUGCUGCUGCUCUUGCUGCAACAGAGGCCGAGCUUGCUGCAGCAAAACAAGAAAUUACCUUGAAGGAAGAGGCGCAGCAGCUGCAGCAGCAGCAGGUGCAGCAACUGCAGCAAAUGCUGAAUGACAUGCAGGAGGGUCGUGCUGCUGCAGAGACAGAGCUUGCUGCAUCGAAGCACCGCGAGGAGACAGCAGAGAGGCAGCAACAGCAGCAGCAGCAAUUGUUGCAGCAGCAGCAGCAGCAGUUAGAUAGACAGCGCCAGCUAGCUAACACCAGGUACGAAGAGAAUCUGUCGCUGCAGAGACAGCUGCAGCAGCAGAAGGCUGCAGCAGCAAAGCAGCUGCAGCAGCAGAAGACAGAAGCUGAGCAGCGCCACACGCAGCAAGUGCAGCAGCUAGGGAAGCAGCUAGAGGAGCUACAGCAGCAAUGCAUGCAGCUAAGAGAAGGGAAGAAGGAGCAGCAGCGGUCGUUGGAGGCAAGGGAGAAGCUGCUGCAGCAGCAGGUGCAGCAGGUGCAGCAAGAACUGCAACAGCAGCAGCAGCGUGCUGCAGAUCUCUCUGCGCAGGCCGAGGAAGCAGCAGCAACAGCAGCAGCACAAGAGAAGGAACUGCAGCAACUGCAGCAAGCAUACGAAGCAGCACUCAAUAGGGCGGAGGAGCUGCAGCAUAGAUUGCAGCAGCUAGAGAAGCAGCUGCAGCUAGCUGAGCAGCAGCAGCAGGUACAGCAGCAGCAGCAAGAACAGGAGCAGCGUAGCCUUACAGAGGAGUUAUGCAUGCAUAGACAAGCAGCAGCAAGUGCUGAGCAGAGGAGAGACGAUCUGUAUAGUCAGCUGCAGCAGCUGAGGCAGCAGCAGCAGCAGCAGCAGACCGAGCUACGUAUCCUAGCAGCAGAGAAGCAGGAGCUGCUGCAGCAAGUAAGAGAAGCAACAGAGGCACAAGAUAAUCUAAGUACGCAGCUAUCAGCAGCAGAAGCAGCAGCAAAUCUGCUGCAGCAGCAGAAUAAGCAGCUAGAGGAGCAGCUAGAGCAGCUUCCUGCCUUACAAGAAGCAGCACAGCAGCGACAGUUGCUGCAGCAGCAGCAGCAGCAGUACCUGACGCAGCAGCGGCAGCAGCAGCAGCAGCUACGAGCAGAAAAGGAUAAGCUAGAGCAAGAAGGGAGAGCACUAAGGAGACAGCUGCGUCUGCAGGAGCAGCAGAUUGCAUCGCUGCAGCAGCAGAUGCAAGCAGCAGAGACAGUUGCUGCAGCAAGAGAAGAGCAGCAAGAGCAGCAACUUGCUUCGCAGCAACUGCAGCUUGAGGAACUCGAGAGACUGCAGCAGCAGCAGCAGCAGGAGAAGCAGCAAAUACGCGAGCAGCUGCAGCAAGCGCAGCAAACUGUUAGGGAUAAUGAGCGUCUUAUACAAGGUCUUAGCAGCGAGAGGGAGCAGCUGCAGCAGCAGAUGCAGCAGCAGCUGCAGCUGCAGCAACUGGAUAACAGUAGGCAGCAGCUUACAGGUGCAGUACAGGUGCAGCAGCAACUGCAGCAGCUGCAGCAAGCAGCAACUGCAGCAGAGAAGGAGCUGGCCAAGGUAACAAGACAGCGGGACUCUCUUGAGGCAGCAAAGCAGCAGCAGCAGCAGCAGAUGCAGGGUCAUGUUGGCCGCCUCGAGCAGCAGGUGAAGCAGCAGCAGCUGCUGCUGCAGCAGCUGAAGCUUGAGCUGCAGCAGAAGGAGCAGCAGUGUGAAGAAAUGGAGACCCGUCUGCAGCAGCAGCAACAACAAUGGCAGCAGCAGCAGCAAGACUGGGAGGAGUCGCAGCAGCAGCUGCAGCAGCAGCUGCAGCUUGCUGCUGCAGACCGCGAGAAGCUGCAGCAGGAAAAGGAGCUGCUGGAGGCAGGAGGGCAGCAAACAGAAGGAGCUGUGCUGCAGCAAUCACGAAUGUUCGAGGACCAGCAGCAGCAGCACCAGCAGCUGCUGCAGCAGCAGCGGCAGCUUAGUGAGCUGCAGCACCAAAUGCGCAUGCAGCAAAUGCAGCAGCAGCAGCAGCAGCGCGAAGCUGCCUAUUGGACAGCACGUGCGGAGACAGCUGAGCAGCAGCUAGCAGGCAAGAGGCAGCAGCUGGUUGAGUUGCAGCAGCAACUGCAGCAGCAGCGGCACCAAUACCAGCUGCUACAGCAGCAGCAGCAGAUAGAGAAGCAGCAACUCAGUGAGGAGUUAACGGUGAGUCGCCUGCAGCUGGAUGCGGAGUCUGUGGCGCAGCAGCAGCUGCUGCUGCAGCAGCAGCAAGCAGCAGCAGCAGCAGAGGAGAUAGGUCUCCUCCAAGAUCGUCUUGCUGCAGAGACAGCCCGUGCUGCUCAAUUCAGUGCAGAAGCAGAGAAGCUGCAGCAGCUGCUGCUGCAGCAGCAGCAAGAAGCAGCAAGAGUGUCAGCUCGUCUUGCUGCUGUAGAGUCCAAGUAUACAACACUGGCAGACUUUCAGCAGCGGCAGCAGCAGCUGCUGCAGGAGCAGCAGCAGAGGCUGUUACGACAACAGCAGCAGCAGCAGCAGCCGGUGCAGCAGCAACAGCAGCAGCCAGAAUCAGGAUCUUCUGUUGCUGCAGCUCUGCGUGGGGAAGUUGAUGGUCUGCGCUCUAUGCUGCGUGCAGCGCAGCACAGCAACGCAGAAGCGCUGCAGCAGCAGCAGCAGCUGCUGCUGCAGCAGCGGGAGGAUGCAGCAAAACUUAAUGAGGCACUAGCGCAGCUGCAGCAGCAAGAAGCACUGGCGCAGAGGGAGCAGAGAAAAGCACAAAGACUGCAGCAGCAGCUGGAGCUGCAGCAGCAAGACAUGCAGCGUCUGCAGCAGAUUGCAGGUGAGUUCGAGACUUAUGCUCGAGACUUGCUGCUGCAGCAGCAGCAGCAGCACCAGCAGCAGCAGCAGCAGCACCAGCAGCAAGUAUUCUCUCUUAGCCAACGAGGAGCUAUGGAGAGCGACCUUGGUGUCCUUACGGAUACAGUUAAGGAGUUGCUGGCACGAAUAGAGCAGCAGCAGCAAAUGCUGCAGCAGCAACAUUUCCUACUAGAGGAAUCACGCAUGCAACAGCAGCAGCAACUGCAAGAGUCGCGCAUGCAGCAACAGCAGCAGCAGCAGCAAGAUCUGAACGACAGCACUGCAGCAGCAUCCCUCUCUGCAGUAGAGACGGUCCUGCAGCGGCGAUGCAGGGAGCAGCAGCAGCAGCUGUUGCUGCUGCAGCAGCAGCUGCGUCAAGCGGACGAGGAGGUUGCAUUGUUGCGGCAGCAGCAGCAGCAACAAGUCCUAGGCACAAGUGGUUUAGGGGAGCAGCAGCAGCAGCAGCAGCAGUUGCUGCAGCUGCAGCUUGAUGUAGCAAACCUGCGGAGACAGCUGGGCAGAGAGCAGCAGCUAAAGGCAGCAGAAGCAGCAGAAGCAUCAGGGCUGAGGGAGCAGCUGCAUGCGCUGCGUCGUCGUCAGCAGCAGCAGCAAGCAGCAGCCCUUGAGCAGCAGGAAGCCCUUGCUGCAGCAAAUGCCCGCGAGAGGCAGACACAGCUCGUGCUGCACCACGAGCAGCAGCAGCGGCAGCAGCUCGAGCUGCUGCUGAGGAACGUAGAGAGCAGCGGGGAAGCAGAGAGACUUACGCUGCAGCAGCAGCUGCAGCUGCUUGAUGGUCGUUGCCAGUUGCUGCAGGAGGAGGCUGCGCUGCAGCAGCAGGAGUUUGCUGCUGCUCAGCAGCAGCAACAAGAGCAGCAGCAGCAGCAGCAAGAGCAGCAGCAGCUGCUUCAACAGUACAAAGACACUGCAGAAGACGCCAUGCGCCGGGUGCAGCUGCUGCAGCAAGAACAGCAGCUGCUGCAGCAGGAGCAGCAGCUGCUGCAGCGUCGGGCAGAAGCAGCAGAAUCGGCUCGCGAUGCUGCAGUGCAGCAGCAGGCUGCUGCUGUUGCUGACGCGCAGAUAAAACAGCAGCAGCUGCAGCAAGAAGCACAGAUACAGGAGCAGCAGCAGCAGCAGCAAAUUGCUUCCUUAAGCGAAGCACUGCAGGCAGCACAAUUCUCUCUUGAGCGUGCAAAUGAUUCUCUUGCUGCAGUGCAGCAGCGGGAAGCAGCACUGCAGCUGCAACUGCAGCAGCAGCAGCAGCAGCAACAGCUGCUGCUGGCAUCCGGAGGAGGGCCCAUCACGGUGUCUCAACAGCACCGGCGGCCGCAGCAGCAGGAGCAGCAGCAAAUAGCUAGGCUGCAGGAGCUGCUGCAGCAAUCCAACGCAGCAAAGAAUAAACAAAUGGAGACUGUGCUGCAGCAGCAGCGGGAGCUGCUGCAGCUGCGGCAGCAGCUGCGUGUCUCCGCGCAGCAGCAAGAGCAGCUAGAAGCUAGCGAGGAGCGGCUUGCUGCUGCAUGCGAUGCUGCAUUUGCUCAACAGAAAGAGCAGCAGCAGCAACUGCAGCAGCUGCAGCAGACAUGCGCGGAGCUGCAGCAGCAAAUCAGCAGCACAGCAAGUCUUGCAGGUAGCCAGAGAUCCGUGCUGCAGCAGGAAGCGUCUUUGCUGCGGGAGACGCUGCUGCGGCUGCAGCAGCAGCUACACGGAAGCGAGCUGCAGCGGGUGUCUGUGCAGCAGCUACUAGCUCGCCAGCAGCAGCGGCAGCAGCAACUGCAGCCAAAUGCUGCUGUACUGCAGCAGCGCUGCAACGACUACCGCAUACAGCUGCAGGCAGCAGAGCAGCAGCUGCAGCGGGCAUGGCAGGAGAGUAACGAGCUGCGUAAGCAGCUGCAGCAGCAGCAAGAUGUUGCAAUGCAGCAGCAGCUGCUGCACCAGUCACGUCGUGAGCAUAGAAGGGAGCAGCAGCUGCUGCAGCAGCAACUGCUGCAGCAGCUAAGAGAGGAGACCGAGGCGCUGCGCUUGCGGCUACGGGAGAUCGAGGCGCAGCAGGACGAGCAGCAGCUAAGUUUUGCUGCAGUAGAGCAGGAGAAGGAGGUGCUGCAGGGUCGUCUGCUGCAGCAGCAGCUGCAGGGAGACCACCAGCAGCAGCAGCUGCAACAAGCUGAGUUACUUCUGCAGCAACACCAGGCAGCAAAAGAAGCAGCAGAAGCAGAGUGUGAGCGUCUUCUGGCUCGUUACAAGGCACUGCAGCAGCAACAGCAGCAGCAGCAGCAGGAGCUGCAGCAGCAGCAGCAGCAACUCGAGCAGGCCCAGGAGGAAGCAAAGGCUGUUGGUGAUCGUUGUCAAGUACUAGAGGCAGAACUUGCAUCAGCAGAGAGGCAGAGCAGCAACAACAGCAGCGUGCUGCAGCAGCAGCUGCAGCAGCAAGGAAGUCUGCUGCAGCAGCAAAGGGAAGCAACACUGGACCUGCAGCAGAAGUGCCUAGACUUAGAGCAGCAGCUGCGGCGCAAGACAGAAGCAGAGCAGCACCAUCGCCAGACGCUGCAGCAGCUGCAGCAGCAGCAGCAACAGCAGAGGCAGCUUCUGCGGCAGACACGAGCAGGUGUUGAGGAAGAGCUGCUGCAGCACCAGAGAACAGCAGCAAGACUGCAGCGGGAGCUGGAGCAGCAGCAGCGGCUGCUGCGCGAUGCGCAGCAAAAGGAGGGAGCCAGGGCAGCAGAAGUGUCGAGCCUGCAGCAGCAGCUAAAGCGAGCAACGGAGAGUCAGCAGCAGCAAGAGCAGCAGCAACAGCAGCAGCAGCAGCAAAUCGAGCUGCUGCAAGCAGAACUGCUGCAGCGCCAACAGGAUAUUGUAGCAGCAGAAGGACAGGUCAAGCAGCUAAGCGAGAAGCUAGCAGCAGCACAGCAGCAGGUUGCUGCGAAGGAGCAGCAGCAGCAGCAUGAGCUGCAGAGGGAGCAACAGAAGCAGCAGCAGCAGCAGCAAGAGUUGCAGAAGCUGCGUCUGGUGGAGCAGCAGCACGCGAGAGCCCAAGAGGAGCUUGCUGCUGCUGUUGAGGCAUUGCAUGCAACACAGCGACGCGAGCUGCAGCAGCAGCGGCUGCUGCAGCAGCUGCAGCAGCAGCUGCAGACUGUAGACGUCUCUGAGAGGGGCCUCAAGGAUUCACGUGACCAGUGGUCCACUCGCUGCGCUGCACUGACGGAGGAGCUGCAGGCAGCAGCAAGCGAGCUGCAGCAGGCUCGUGCUGCUGCUGCAGAAGCUCAACAGAAGCUGCAGCACGAGCAGCAGCAACACGAAGCCAUGCUGCAGCUGCAGCAGCAAGCUACAGAGACAGAGCAGCAGCACGUGCUGCGCCUAACAGAGGAGCAGCAGCGGCUGGAGACAGAGGUUGAUGGGGUGUACAGUGAGCUGCUGCUGCAGCAGCAGCGCUGCAAGGAGGUAGAGUUGCUGCUGAUGCAGGCGGAGACACGACAGAAGGAAGCACAGCAGCAACAGAAGAAGCAGCAGCAGGAAGCUGAGCAGCUGCAGCAGCAGCUACGUGAAGCAGAGCUGCUGCUGCAGCAGGAGCAGCAGGCACAUAAGGAGACGCAGCAGAAGCAGCAGCAGCUAGAGCAGCGCCUAGAAGCAGCAGCAGAUGAGGAGGACCUCUUCCGUAGCCUGCAGCAGCGGCAGCAGCGGGACCAUGAGGCCCUUGCAGAGCAGCAGCAAGAGCAGGUGCAGCAGCUGCAGCAGCAGCUUGCUUCUGCUAGAGCCGCAGCGCAGCAAAUGCAGCAAGAGCAGCUAGAGGACAGAAAGUUAGUGAGGCAGCAGCAGCAGCAAAUUGCUGUGCUGCAGCGGACUCUGAAUAGGACAGAAGAGAAGGAGCAGCAGCAGCAACGGCAGCAGCAGGAGCAGCAGAGAAACUUCCAUCAGGAGCAGCAGCGACUGCUAUCUCAGGUGCAGCAGCUGCAGCAGCAGCUGCAGCAAGAGAAGAAUGUGCGGCAGCAGCAGCAGCAGAAGAUUGCUGCGCUGCAGGGGACAGCCAGCAGCAGGGAGAGAGAAGAUUCUGCUGCCUUAGAGCAUGCAGAGCAGGAGCAGCAGCUGCUGCGGCAGCAGCUGCAGCAAGUGCAGCAGGAAGCAGAUAAUCGCAUGCAGCAGCUACUAGAUGCAACAAAGGAGAGGACGCUGCUGCUGCAUGCAGUAGAGGACCUAGAGAAGCAGCUAGCUGAGCAGACAGCAGAAUCAGAGCAGCUGCAGCGCCGUGCUGCAGUGCAGCAGCAGGAGCUGCAGUCGCUGCAGGCUCAAGUAAGGCAGCAGCAGCAAACAGCAAAUGAGCUGCAGCAGCUGCAGCAGCAGCACGAGGUGGCUCUUAAGGACUUGCGGGAUGCACAGCAGCAACUCAAGCAGCAGAAGCUGCUGCUAGGCCGUCAAGAGAGGGAGCUGGAGCAGCAGCAACAGCAGCAGCAAGUGCAGCAACGGCAGCUGCAGCAGCAGCAACGAUCGCUGCAGCAACAACUGCAUACAGCAGAAAGCACUAUCCAUGGGGAUGAGGAAGGAGCAGCAGCAGCUCGUAAUAAACUGCAACAAGCACAGCAGCAGCUGCAGCAGGUGCAGCAGCAGCAACAGCAGCAAGACCUGCAGCAUCGGCAGCAGCUGCAGCAGCUAGAGGAGCAGCACCAUGACAUGCAGCAGCAGCAUAAUCGCUCUAUGCAAGAAAAUGCUGCCCUAAGGAGACAGCACGAGUUGCUGCAGCAGCAGCUAGAGACAGAGCAGCAGAAGGUGCAGCUGCUGCAGCAGCAGCUGCAGCAGCAGCAGCAGCAUCUGCUGCGUAAUAGUAGAGGAGAUGCUGCAGCAAUGGAGCUGCAGCAGCUACGUCAGGAGACACAGGAGCUGCAGCUGCAGCAGCUAGCAGCAAACAGCAAGAUACGCUCGCUGCAGCAGCUGCUGCAGCACAGAGGUGUAGAGCUAGCAGACACGCUGCAGCAGCUGCAGCAGCAAGCACAGGAGACAGAGCAGCAGCUGCUUGCUGUUGGGGACCUAACAGUACAGCUGCAGCAAGCGCAGCAGCAGCAGGAGCUGCUGCAGCAGCAACUUGAGCAAGAGCAGCAGCAAUCACAAGACAUGCGUCGCCGUCUGCUGCAGCAAGCAGCAGCAAGAGGAGAUGCAGCAGCAGAGUCUUCUCUGUUGCCAAUAGGACAGCAACAUAAGCUGCAGCAGCAGCUAGCAGCAGCAGAGGAGAGAAUAAGACAACUGCAGCAGCAACUGCAGCAACAGCAGCAGCAGCAGGCGGACGUCCUCGAGGCUUCCUUAGAGGGCCGCGCGCUGCAGCAGCAACUGCAGCAGCUAGCAGAGAAGGCAGUGCAGCACAAGACAGAGCGCGUCGAACUGCAGCAGGAGCUGCAGCAGCAAGCAGAGCGUCUACGUAAUCUUAAUAGGGAGAAUCAUACUCUCCUGCUGCAGAAGGAAAAAGCAGAGGUGCAGCAGCAGCAGCAGCAACAGCAGCAGCAACAGCAGCAGCAGCAGCAGCAGGCAGAAGCUGCUGCUGCGCUGCGGGAGGCUCGUGCUGCAGCAGGACUGCAGCAGCAGGUAGCAGAGAUGACAGCAGCACAGCAUCUGCAGCAACAGCAGCAAGAAGAGCUGCAGCAGGAUCUAGAAUGUUACCGUGCGCUGUCUAGGCAGCUAGCAGCAGAGACACGAAUAUUUGCAAGAAGAGCAGCAGCAGCAGAUUGGCAGCAGCAGCAGCAACUGCAGCAAAUGCAGCAACAUCCAGCAGCAGCACACAAAAACCCUAAACAAAAACUGCGCUAUGUAGAUGUUAUACAAUCACAGGUUAGUCACCAGCAGCAGCAGCAGCAGCAGCAGCAGCAGCAGCAGCAGCAGCAGCAGCAGCAACUGUAG